AUGUUAGCAUGGACACUGCCGGCCCACAUCUUCCAUGCUCGCCUCUCCCGCGCUCUAGCCUCUGUGAAGAUUGUAGCUAAUCUCGCCGACAUAGAUGCCGGUGGCCCAGCUGCAUUCAACGACGGAGCCAACGAUUUGGAUGCGCUCACAUUUGCGCUAGGACAAGACACGGAGACCGUCGUGGCGCCCGCCUUGCGCACGCUCGACGAGGUUGUCGAUCAGCCAGACGUCGACCGCCGCGAUCGCCUCGAAAACCCCGACCAGCACGAGGGCGUCGUCCGGCGCGGGGUCGAGCAGUCCGUCGUCCAUCAGUCCAUCGUCCGGGAUGACGUCGAGCAGCCCGCCGUCGUUCAAGAGCAGCACAUCAUCGUCGAGCAACCCAUAGAGCAGCCCGUCGUCGUCAAGCAACCCGUCGUCGUCGGCGCCGCCGUCGUCGAGCAGCCAUCGUCGUCGGCCCAAGGCAGCCCGCCGUCAUCAAGCAGCCCGUCGUCGUCAAGCAACCCGUCGUCGUCGGAGCAGCCCGCCGUCGUUCAAGAGCAGCACAUCAUCGUCGAGAAACCCAUAGAGCAGCCCGCCGUCGUCAAGCAGCCCGUCGUUGUCAACCAGCCCGUCGUCGCCGACCAGCCCGUCGUCGCCGACCAGCCCGUCGUCACCGUCGUCGUCGAGCAGUCCAUCGUCGUCGAGCAGUCCAUCGUCGUCGAGCAGCCCAUAGAGCAACGCGUCGUCGUCCAGCAGCACAUCGUCGUCGAGCAACCCAUAGAGCAGCCCGCCGUUGUCAAGCAGCCCGUCAUCGUCGACCAGCCCAUUGUCGACCAGCCCGUCCUCGACCAGCAAGAGGUCAUCGAACAGGCCACCGGCAUAGAAGAAGCAGCACCUGAACCUCCGAGGCCACGAACUCCUCCCAUGAUGACUCGCAAGCGGCUUACAGGAGUAACGCCGAAGAAGUCAUGGCGCAAAAGGGGUGAUGAUCCCUUGCAAACCAUCGUGCCUCUUCCGGAAAAACCCCGGGGUAAGAAGCGUGCUCCAAAUGACGACGAUAUAGGGCCCAGCCAGAAUAAGACGCGUGGCAAGUCGGCGAAGAGGAGGAAGGCGAUGGAGUAG